UAAUGCUUGUUGCCCUACUUUUUUAUUCUGGUUGUUUUUUAAAAACGUUUAGGGAAAUUUAAGACUCCGCUGCACUGUCUAGUAACAAAACGAAAAUCCCUAGUUCUUCUAUUGUGUGUUAUCGGACGGCACAGCGAAAAUGGGUAAAAUAAUGAAACCGGGCAAAGUCGUGUUGGUCCUUGCGGGCCGAUACGCAGGUCGUAAGGCUAUCGUUGUAAAAAAUAACGAUGAAGGGUCCGGAGACAAGCAGUAUGGCCAUGCCAUCGUUGCAGGCAUCGACAGGUACCCCAGGAAGGUCCAUAAACGCAUGGGCAAGGGCAAAAUCCACAAAAGGUCCAAAAUCAAGCCUUUUGUUAAGGUUUUGAACUACAAUCACUUGAUGCCCACACGUUAUUCGGUCGAUUUGACCAGUGAUGUGAAAAUCACUCCAAAAGAUUUGAAGGAUCCAAUGAAGAGGAAGAAGGUGCGGUUCCAGACACGUGUCAAAUUUGAGGAGAGAUACAAGUCAGGGAAGAACAAAUGGUUCUUCCAGAAGUUACGUUUCUAAUUAUAAUUUUUGUGGAAUAAAACGAUAAAAAUGCUGACAA